AUGACUGACCAACAACCACCAAAUAAAAGCAUUAAUUUUUUUAUGAAUAUUAUAAAUCACGGUUCUUUGAGCAUCGGAGCUAAUUUACCGUUAUCUUUGUCUUCGUCUUCGCCACCUCCAACAGCAAUUACGACGACUUCGACAACAAACUCAACUUCUAGUGUUCCUAUAACCAAUGCGGUUACAGAAAUACCAACCGAUGAAGGAUACAAUGACGGAUAUGAAGAACCAAAACAAAAAAUAGAAAUUCCUCCAUGGAUCGCUCAAUUGUCCGAAGAACAGAGGGCUGAAUUUACGUUUCAACUGCUCUUGACAUUACCAACCACGAAACUUGCACAGCUACAUGCUCGAUUAUCGCCGUUACUACACAGAGACUUUUUAUCGGCGCUGGGACGUGCAGCUUGUGUCUCGAAACAAUGGCGAAAAGUUUGUUCGGAUGGAUUCGUGUGGCGUAAUUUGUAUUUUAAGAAUGGAUGGACUGUUAAUCAGAGAAUGAUUGAUUGGUAUACCUCUAACAGUAGCAACAAUGACAUUGACAAUAGCAAUAAUAACCCUAGUAAUAAAAAUAGAAAGAGUAAGAAUAAAGGCAAGGCAAAUAACAAUAUUAGUAGUAGUGAUAUAUACUCUGACUCAUCUAUAGGAAUAAACAAUAUGAGCAAUAAUGAAGAACAAGAAUCUUUAGAUAUUGCUGCUGCAUCUACUAGUACUCAGAACCCACCGCCUUCACCGUCUUCACCGGCUUUUUACUCUAUCAGGAAUAAUAGUGACAGAACAGCAUCUUCUACAGCGGAUCCAUCUUCGUCGGCAAUUGCACCUAAAAGAAGACGUAGGUCUAAUAAUCUUGGAUAUAGAGGAGGUCGUAGACCUGCAUCAAUACCAAAUGCCAUGCUUUCAAGCUCAUCCCCUCUAAAUGGAUAUUUUUCGGAUAAUAACGGAGGAUCAGCAUAUAUUCCAUCUCCAUCACCAAUGCACCAGAACGAAUCAGGUGAAUCUUUUAUAAACUGGAAACACCUGUACCAUCAAAGAACAAUAAUAGAAAACAACUGGCGACAAGGAAACUACAUUACCCGCGAAUUACCCGGACACACUGAAGGAAUUUAUUGUGUACAAUUUGACGAAAAUAAAAUAAUAAGUGGCAGCCGUGAUGACACAAUUAAAAUCUGGGACAUUAAAUCCGGCUAUUGUGUACGAACAUAUAAUGGGCAUCGUGCGUCGGUUUUGUGUCUGCAGUAUGAUGAUAAUAUUAUUGUGAGUGGCAGUAGUGAUGCGACUAUUAUUAUUUGGGAUUUGGCCACCGGGGAAAAGCUUCGUACUUUAAGUGGACAUUCAGAAAGUGUUCUUAAUUUGAGGUUUGAUGAUAAGUAUAUUGUGAGUUGCUCAAAAGACCGUACUGUUAGAAUAUGGCAUCGAAAUACUGGUGCUUGUAUCGGUAUAUUGUCAGGUCAUCGAGCCGCAGUAAAUGCAGUACAAUUCCAAGAUAAUUAUGUAGUUUCCGCAUCCGGUGACCGAACCAUAAAACUAUGGUCACGAGACACCACUCAGUGUCUUCGCACAUUUGAAGGCCAUUCACGUGGUAUCGCCUGUAUACAGUUCGACGGCAAUAUCAUUGUGUCCGGUUCAAGCGAUAAAACCAUCAAAAUAUUUGACGUUCACACGGGCGUCUGCCUAAAGACUCUUACUGGUCAUACGGAUCUUGUGAGAACUUUGCAGUUCGAUGGAAAUCGUAUCGUUAGUGGAAGCUAUGACGAGACGUUGCGUGUCUGGGAUUUGCGGACUGGUGAGAUGUGUAUUCAAACUUCAAUUUAA